GCUCUCUAUCUUGGCCUCGGAGGCGUCUAUCAAGUGGCGGAGGCUUUUCUCAUUUAUUGGAUUAUUGGCAGAAGUAAGCGCGACUAGCUGCUGUGUCAUAAUCAAACUUGAUUGGUCGCAUGAAGUAUUGUGAACAACUACUUGGCCAAUCAUCACAUGCUUUCUGGAACAUCCGCACGAACAAAGCAUUUUGUUGAGAUAACGCACAUCGUUCGAGGGCUCGACGGUCUCAAUUGAACAAUCAAUCGAGACUUUCCAAGGUCGAUUGGACCCGCGAGUGAGGCCUGAUAGAUCUCAAUCUCGCGAAUCAGCACGAUGGUUAACACCAGAAGCCCUCAUUAUGUUGAGCAUUCCAGACACCGUCGUCUCAUUCUUCGCGAAAAACUCAACCUCGUAAUAGGCACAUAAAUGGCUUAUUACAAACGGUUUGGAGAAUGCGCGAUCGUAGAUCUGCACCCAGGGAGGCAACCUUGUGUAAAUCACUGGAUUUAUACCAAGGAUUUCACAGCUCUUCAGUUCACUUUAGGUGUGAUGUGGAAGGAGGACCUGCAUAAUUCUUUGCUUUCUGGCAAUGGAUCCCUGUUGUAUUAGACCAAUUUGCAUAUGUACGAAAUAGUGAGACCAAGCCCACAACUACCUCUCCUGAUCUUUCACCAAUAGAUUAUCAUCCGUGUCUUGUGAAAACCCCACAAUCCACAAUUUGACAGACUAGUGUUGAUCCAACCUACUCGAGGACUUCUUCGCCAUCAUUUGACAUGUAUUAUUUCGGCUUUCGUGAGGCGAGGGCCAUUAAAGAGGGAGAACUAACCCCCCCUCAAGGGAUCUUGAAGCUAUUCUGCAAGGUACCACACGAUUAACACUGAACAAUAGCUCGUCUCAGAAGUUCUACUUGUACUAUACUGUUUUUUCAUCCUUCUCCGGAAGUCGAACACACUCCUUAAUCCCCUUGCUGUAAUUUACAGAAUCGGCAGAUAUCUACGAGAUCCAGCGUUCGAUUCUUAGAAAGGGUAUAACUGAUCCCAAUUUGAUCUUGAAAUACACGAGCCUUGCGUGUGCCGCACUACAGUCUUUAACAGUACGCGACUCAAAACGCGACUUAAAUCUGUCUUGACAAGUGCAAUAGUCUACAUAGCGUUUUCAACCUUUCUCAAGGAUACAUACAAAGUGCAGAGCACCUAUAAUAUCCACUAUCUAGUCUUUGCUUCAAAAUUACAGUUAUCUAACCCCCCACAUGGCUAUGCUAGUGUACGAGAGUAGGAAAAAUUCCUAUUCAAUCAAUCAACCUACAAGUACUCUCGCUCCAUCAGCGAGUGAGUCUUAUACCGAGUCAUUGAACUCUUCUUGGGACUCUUCUUUGCAACUUCAUGCUGGCACACCUGCGAGCUCAAUUACUCGACGUCCGUCUUUCGACGAGACCGUCAAGAUGGAGGAUUUGUCUUUCCAUGACUACAACAACCUCCCAGAUCGAUAUGGAAGCUCAAGUAGCAAUGCAUUCUGUGCUAUGUCAGCCAUAACACAAGACAUGCUUAACGGCUUCCAAGAGCCUAACGCGUUCUUUGGUAUGGAUGACGGAAAGGUGUUGGCCGAUGCAAAUCCUACAAUUGCCUUUGAUGCCAACUUCCAAAGCUACGCACCUGCUGCCUUUGGGUCGUUUGAAACACAUUGUCCUUCAAGUGAUAUCCCAUCACUUAUGGACGAUUUGUAUUCACCAACUUCAACAUCUGAAUCUUCAGGAGCCAUGGAUUAUGUGGACCCGGCACAAACAACUUUGAUCGACACGUUUGCCGAUUUUCAGUCUUCUCCAAUUGGCCCACUCACACCUAUCAAAUUUGGAACACCCUCAUCGGAUUUCAACACUCAGAGAUCUUACAACAGUUCUCCCGCAGGGACUUCUACUACAGGAUAUCUCGCUCCACCAACAAAUUAUCAAGACCUCAGACAAGAGUCCAUCUCUCCCAUACGACAACAGCAAUUUCGAAGACCGUACUUCGACACCCCCCAAAGCGCAGCUGCUCUACAAAGAAUACAAGCAACCACCCCAACAAAAGCCACCGCCCGCAGGAAAAUAAAGCGAGAAACCGUACCAAUUCGAGUGCAAAACAGAAACAAGCUGCCCUGUCUCCACCCUGGCUGCAACCGGAAAUUUCAACGACAGGAACACCUGAAGCGACACGAGCACACACACGACCAGCUUGCCCCCAAACACAAAUGUCCCUUCUGCGUGAAAGAAUUCGGGCGUACAGAUAAUCUAAAAUCGCACGUCGAUCUCCACAGGAAGCGGAAUCGGAAGGCCGCUCGAACGGAAUGGCACCCAGACGCCGAUAAAGAAUGGGAGUCGAUGGGCAAAAAGAGUCGUAAGCAUGGGGACUCGGAAGCAAAAUCCGCCACGGUCAGGACUAGGUUGAGUGUUUAUUGAUAUUAGUGUCAGAAAGCCUUGUAUCAUCAACUGGAGGAAUUUUCACUAUUUACAGCUUUGAGAUGAGGAAGCCGGGAAUGCUGUUAAUUUAAUCUGAGAAAACAUAGUCGGCGGGUUGUAGAUGGAAAGAAAAAGCGCAGGGGAGAUCUCGUGAAAAAGGCAUUCACUUUCAUUCUUACCAACCGCGUUUUGGUGGAUUGGCAUAUUUAUACUUAUUUACUAUUGAAAAAUAGAGGGGAAGCUUUUGGAAAACUACACAAGAGAUACAGGAGACAGAACUUUCGUAUUCCAGCUUUCUGAUGUAUUGGUAUGUAUUGAUUGGUGGUAUUGGGUUGUAUUGGUAUUGGAUUGUAUUUUAUUGUACUUGGCUGGACUUAUUUUGGGCAUCGGAGCUUGGGAAAGAGUUGAUAUUGUCGUAUAUUCACUUAAUAUUGGACUUUAUCUAAAUACCUAAUUAUCAAGUGUCUA